AGAUAAGAGGCUAAAACAAGCAACUGGCAAUUAUUCAGACAUUUUCGGUGGCUUGUUUGUGUAUUUUUUUGGUAAAUUUUUAAAAAAUAAUAUGAAUGUUACUUACUAAUCGUUGGUAACAUUGCAAUCAUGUUCUGAUUUAUUUUACAGGUGAUAUACAUCAGCUGCCUCCUGUCAAGGAUACUCCACUGUAUAGUGCUAAGAUUGCAACUGAUGAGCCAUUAAAACAGCAUGAUGUCCAGUCCUUCAAAGCCAGCAGGUGCUAAGUUGAGGAAUGCGAAAACCAUGAUUCGUGGACAAGAAUACAAAGUUGACUUUCUAUACCAAGAAAAAUCUAAAUUUCCUGAUGCAAUCACUGGUGAAAUUGCUAUUAAGACCAUAGCCGUCUUCAAGGAUCUCGAAACAUUUGUAUUUUAUGUAUACCUCUGUAAGGAUUAUGACAACAAGGAGCCCGAGUUUGUUAAUCAAUUGAAUUCCGACAUCAAUGAAGGGAAAAACAUUCGUGUUGUUUAUUAUGGGUCAAUUGGAAAUUACAAUGUGACCAAACUUUUGUUGGAUGGUGAAGAAUUGAAUCAAACUACACUCGCUGGCGUUGCUGCCAUAGAGUCAAAUCGUCCUGGUCCUUCAAAUUGAUCUCAUGCUCUGCUAAAUGACUGAACUACUGCUAGUGUUAAUGGACUGAACUAAUGGACUGAACUAUUCUUAGUGGUAUGGACUGAACUAUGACCUGUUAAAUAUGUAUUGACUGAUAAUUGUUUAGUCAUAAUUCUUACAUUUUCAAAUAUUUAUAAAUG